UCGUCCACAACACACAAGCUGUGCGCGCGCGCCCUCCACAGCAUUGCUUGCCACCUAGACGGCUUCUUGCCAUCUACCGCAGGUCAUCCACCGACAUAUGACCUCGCCCAACUUCAACGGCCCAGGUGCUUCAAGGCGCGACUCGGCCGCUAUCCAGGCGAGCAGCCUCGGUGGUCACCACAGCGGCAUGUUGGCCCAACCUUCAGGCUAUUACGUUGGCAACAGCGGCGCCGGCGGCAGCAGCAGCAGCAGCAGCAGCUAUGCCCAGGCCGACAGACUCGACCGGCCCUCUCUAGACAACAUGGGCGGUGCAUCCGGAUCACGCCGCCCAUCUGCCAACUCGAUACAAUCCAGCCAUCAUUCAACAUCCCCCAAUCUCAUCUCUAAUCCUCCUCUCUCCCCGACCUCUGUGUCGUCUUCCUCCACCUAUCCAUGGAUGACACCCCGCGGCGAGUAUAGCGACAUGAGCGCAAGUGGCACUCUUUCGUCAAGCCCCCAAGCCGCAAUGUCACAAUUGCCCCAGCAUUAUCAGCUCCCUUCCCCCAUGGAUCACCCUCGUAAACAUUACAAUCUUCUGCGUAUAGCCACCCCGAAUGACCGCAAUGCGCAUUCACCGAGCACCGACGACACCGAGGAAGGCGCCCCGCGUAGCGCACCCUCCGUUUCCAGUCCACUCGCUGGCCCAGCUCAGCCUUUUGCUGGAACCCCGCUGCGCUCCGCCUCGGACCCAUCACGCACUGGCGACCAAGGGUCGGGCAGGAGCUCACCCAUGACCUCCCCAGCGGGGGGCCCGGACCCUCAAGCUGCUUACUUCAAGUCGAGGUCGCAGGAUGGCUCUGGCUUACCACUACCACGACGAGGCUCCUCGUUUACAAAUAUGGCUGCGUUGGAACACCAAGCCAGGCGAUCCGAUACCCCCACUUCUACCACAUCGUCUCAACAAGCUACAACCUUGCAAAUACAGCAACAGCCACCACCAAAUACAAAGCGUUCAGGAUCCACAACGAGCUGCGCCAAGUGCGGCAACACCGUGCAUGGCCAGUUUGUCCGAGCUCUUCAUCAGGUGUACCACCUGGACUGCUUCCGCUGUAAGGACUGUGACAAGGUUGUCGCCCAAAAGUUCUUCCCAAUCGAAGACGAGGGAAGCCAGUAUCCCUUGUGCGAGCGCGACUAUUUUGCGCGGUUGGGCUUGAUCUGCGCCAAGUGUGACCAGGCGUUGCGGUCCAGCUACAUUACCGCAUGCGGGCAAAAGUUCCAUGUCGAGCACUUUUCGUGUUCUGUUUGCGACACCGUCUUUGGCGCCAACGACUCGUAUUACGAACACCGAGGCCAUGCUUAUUGCCAUUACCAUUACUCGAUUAGCUUUGCAAACAAAUGUGUUGGUUGCGAGACCGCCAUCUUGAAACAGUUCGUCGAGAUCAACCGCAACGGCAAGGAUGAGUGCUGGCAUCCAGAGUGUUACAUGAUUCACAAGUUUUGGAACGUACGUCUCGCCUCGCGGAACUUUGCGACUCCUGCGAAUGCGACUCCUGUGAGUUCAUCACUCUCCUUGAUGGAGAUCACCACGAAGGGUGGUAUGAAGCCCAUGACCCAUACCUCGUCGCCUUCUGGAAGCACCAGUCCUGGAUGGGGCAACGACAUGACUGCCGAGGAGCUCAAGGAACGGCAAAUCGCCAUGGAACUCAAGGUCUCACAAAUCUGGCUCGUCUUGUCGGGCUUUGAGGAGAGCUCGGCCGCGUGCAUCGGUGAAAUGCUCCGCGUGGUUAAUGAGCGCAAGCUCCUCGAUGUCAUCCUUGUGGCCGAGAAGUUUAUUCUGCACGUCGAGACAUUGUUCGCCGUCAUUGAUGACCUUGAGGCGCAGUUUGCCAAGGUUGGAGCCAAGGGCAUGUCUCAUUCCCGUGAGGCCAAGCACCUCUGCCGGAAGCUCGUCAACUUCUUCCAAAUGCUAUCGCAGAUCACGCCCCAGUCGUUCCCCGACAUGAAGACGCUCUUGCUGCAAGUCACCCAACUUGCUCACUACCUCAAGAUCACCAUUCGCAUCGCACUCACGGGCGCAAUCAAGCUUGACCGUGAGCAAUCCAAUCCUGAGGCCAUGACAAACGCACUCGCAAGGUUGCAUCUCCUCGCCCUCGACGGUGCCGAUCCGUCAUUGCAGAAGCGUGGAGACUAUGCCGCCCCAACCACGCCGCUCGAGCCUUGGACAGGUAACGAGUCCCCGGAGGAGAUGGCACGGCGCAGCUACGACUCCCUGACGCGCAAUCCCAAGGGACAUACUUCGAGCACACAGAGUGUGGCCUACGGGUACCGCAGUCUGGCAUGUGAGGUUACUGGGGAAACGACACUGCGUGGGCCGCAGGACGACAACUUCAUUCCCAACGACGGCUGCGUGCGCUGUAAUGAGAAUGUUGAGGACGAUUGCAUCCGCCUCGGCAUGUGGAAUCGCUGGCACUCCGAGUGCGUUGAGUGUCGCAACUGCGGUGACAACGCGGCCAACGUCAACAUUGAGCACAGUCCCGGCGUGCGACCUUCGGCUGACGAGGACUCUCAUGAGGGCUCCACAACUCAUGCACCUGAACCGCCUAACAAGAUUCUCCAUCAGCGUCGGUUACCUCCUCGCGCCGGCGACUUUGUGUUCGAAUCUCCUCAGCAGAAGUAUGCCCCAGCCGACAUCGUGUGGUGCAACCUCCAUCGCACGGCCUCGGCCAUUCCAGGCUUCCAGUCGGUGUCUCGCCUCGAGCAGUUUGCCUUCCUGCUUCACGUCGCUCUUCGCCGUCUGUAUUUGCAUUUCAGGGAGCACCACCAUAUCUCAAGUGUGCUCACACGCCCCGAGUCACAUGAUGUCAAGCGCGUCAAGUCGGUCACGCUUGAUCGCAAACUGUCUUCAACCGCCCGGGUUCCGCAGCGCUCCACGGUCAUUGACAGCCCCAGGCCAAGGAUGGCAGAUGAGAAUGGUUACGUCGUGCCAGCGGCGAAAGAGCCGGUGGCGCCGAUCGUAAUGACCCCAACGGACUCGGAGCAUGGGUCGCAAGCUUCGACGGUCGAUGUCAUCCGGCCAGCAUUUGCGCGCAACAACACAUCGGUGCGGAUCUUGUCGGAGGCGCAAGAGCAGCCCCAUGACCAAUCUCUGCUCUCGAUGACGCAUGUCAACGAUGGCUUGUCACCACUCAUGGCUGAGAAGCGCUCAAAGGAACCAGACGCCAUCACCCUCAACGAUAUCCCGCUGCUGGCGCAAGCUCAACAGAAGGGCAGCAGGUUGGAUGCACAGCCCCUCGUGGCCGAGCUCAAGCCUCUGGAGGCGAUGGUUAUUCGCCACUUUGCUCUGCUGCAUUUGCAGAAGACUGGGUUGGGCCACUUGGUGGAGCCCGAGGAUCUCAUGGACAUGCUCGAGGUGCGCAGGGGUCAGUGGUGGAAUUUCAAGCUCUUCAAAAACAACGCCAAAAAGGACCAGAAGCGUAAGGGCAUAUUUGGCGUCCCCAUCGAAGUACUAGUGGACCGCACCGGAUCAGACUCGCAGCAGGGCAUUUCGCCUAACGUGCUACUCCGUGUGCCGGAGUUCAUUGAGGAGAUUACCGCUACUAUGCGGCAACAGGAUAUGGCAGUUGAGGGUAUCUUCCGUAAAAACGGCAACAUCAGGAGGCUUGCGGCCACUACGGAGAUGCUCGACUCAAACUACGGAAGCGUAAAUCUGUCUGAAGAGAAUCCGGUGCAGCUGGCUGCGUUGCUCAAGAAGUUCCUCCGCGAGAUUCCUGACCCCCUUCUUACCUUCCGGCUCCACAAGCUGUGGUGUGCCGCCGCAUCUAUGCCCAAUCCCCAGGACAGGAUUCGCUGUCUGCAUCUGUUGAUGAUGCUGCUGCCGAAGCCAAACCGCGACACGAUCGAGGUAGUUUUCGUUUUCCUUCGCUGGGUUGCAAGUUUCUCGGGCCAGAAUGAGGACUCUGGCAGCAAGAUGGACCUGGCGAAUCUCGCUACGGUCAUCACGCCCAAUAUUCUCUACGGCAAGGGUCAGCAGGCCCAGCGUGAGGAGAGCUUCAUCGCCAUCACUGCAGUCCAAACCCUACUGGAGAAACAGGACGAUUUCUAUCGCGUCCCGCCAGAACUCAACUAUGUGCUACAGGAAAAGGUCUCGAAGCUAUUUUCCAGGGACACGGAUCUGGCGCCGAAGGAGGUGUACAAACUCUGCCAGAAAUAUUACAUCAAGCGCGGACUGCAACAACCUCAUGGCCAGGGCGGAUCGCAGACAAACCUCCAAGCUAUCGGUAACCCCGGCAUGGCCCAGAAGCAAUCCUUCUCUGGCCCCUCGGGAGGUGGGCACCCGCGACCCCCCGACCCGCGGUUGAGCGCAGCGCAGUCGCCACAGCCUUACCGCAGCGACAGCUGGAACGACGAAAAGCCAGCCCCUUCCGAGGAGAGCAAUGCGACUUUGAGAGCGGCCCCUCCAGGCCCCGGAGGGUCAGACUCAAGACCAAUGUCGUGGGCCCAUGGACCGCCUCUAACGAGUCCCGGCAUGUCUGGCACAAGUACGCCGACGGGACACGCAACCGCUGUUACAAGCGCGAACCAGACUCCGAACGCGAACGUGUACAACGCCGCCAACCCGCCGACGGGGCUGACGAUGCCAAUGCCCACAAUAAACGGGCAACCCGCGCCGGCCGUCAUCUCGCCCGGCGGAACGUACGGGCAUGCAAUGCCAAUGCCCUCCCCGCAGUGGCGUGGACCAUUCCAGGGUCCGGCGAGCAACGGUUCGAGACAAUCAAGCCGGGGAUCAGCGCCGCCCUCGCCAGGGGUCGCAGCCGAUGAGCGUCGCUCGUUCCAGAUGGAGCGCGGACCCUCUCGCGACCGCCCGUAGCGCGAGGAAGCGUAUGAGUGCAGUAUAAGCAACAGGGUUUGAGCGCCAGCAGGAGCAGCGCCCAGCCACCCGGCCCCAUCUUGUGUCCCACCAUGCGUGCUCCUCGGUCCACGUCUUAUUAAUUUCUUUUUACGAUUUACGACUGCGCUGCCCCUGGCGCG